AUGGGAGACGACAAGCGCAACAGCGUCGCGGGAAAGGUCGCGACGCCCAAGACGGGUGGUAGCAGUCCUGCUAUACAGCCGCUCGCGGAUCCGUUGGAGACGCUGGGGAAGGCGAUUGGAGGGAGAAUCAAAAUCACAACCACAACCCCCCACUCGCAAACCCUCGAAGGCAGCCUCUUCACCGCCGACCCGAUCCUCAACCUCAUCGCCAUCAAUAGCCGCUCCAACUCCGCGUCGAGCGACUACCACAUUGUCCCCGUCUCCAAGAUCCAGAACGUGCAGAUCCUGUCGUUGCCCGCCGAGAGGGAUGGCGGCUUCGCGAGCGCACAGCCGCCGAUUGGGGCCGUGGAUACGCGGGUGCUGAGGCAGCGCGAGGAUGCCCGCGUGGCGAAGUUGAAGGAGAAGGAGAUGAAUCGCGGGAAGGGCGUUACGAGGGAGGCGCAGGCGAUUUAUGAUGCGCUCAGGAGGAUUAACAUGCCCGUCCGCUGGCACGGCAAUCAAAUCAUUGCCCACGACACGGUCAUCAUCUUCCCGCCGUACAAACCGGAAGAUUGCAGGGGACAGUCGAACAAGCCGGAGGUGACGAAUCGGGUUAAGAAGGUGCUGGAGGGCGAGAGGAGGAAGUUGAAGGAGAAGGAGGAGAGGGAGAAGAAGGCUGCUACGCCCACGGGGCCGAGGAAGGGAGGUUGA